UUUACCGGGAAAAAUGUCCGUUCCCAACGUGCCAAUUUGCCGAAUUUGCCUUUCGAACGAUGAGCUGCAGGUGUCCCUGUUUAGUGAGUACGCACAACGGAGGCUUUUGCUAACCAAGAUUCGCGUCUGUUUGCCAAUAACAAUUACGCACUCAGACACGCUGCCCGUGACCAUCUGCAGCCAGUGUAUUAUUCGGCUAGAACAGUUCUACGAAUACUACUGCAAAUCGGAAACGUCGCAGCGUAUUUUAACGAAUGGAACCGGCAAUUUGGGUGAGCUGCAGCCUGCCCGCAAGACAGGACAUUCGGAAGGCGGCUAUCACCACAAUCCUACACUGCCCAGUGCACCCGAAACACGCGCAAUGUCCGCUAGUGUCGGGUCCGAGUCAGUCGAGGAGCAUGGUUCAAUAACGAUCGGUAACCAGCUGGAUCCCAUCCUUACGCAAUCUCCGCCGAUUCCACGACCGGCCGUAACGAAUGAGAUGCAAACCCGCGCGUUGGCUUCGCCGGCCCCAACGUUGAGCUUUUUAAUUCACGGAUCGAAGGACAGAGGCAAGCGAAAGCUCUCGGAACGCAAGAUGAAGAAAGCUUUGACGCAAAGCGAGUACACUAAGUUUUAGCGUACCAGCUUCGUGCCGGAGUUUGAUAGGACUUGUUGGUACUUCUGAUCAACAUAUCAGCUACAGCAUAAGUUUUUGACCGAUUUUAAGCAGCUGUGUGACUAAGAACGGCAAGGCUUAUCGAAGGAAUCCUUUUUUUUUGCGGUCGCUGCCGAGUCUGCAUAACUGUCCCCCGGCUAGGAAUCCCACUCGUAGAACUACUCUCCACCCAAACACCCGAACCAGAUGCAUGUUGUUUCAUGUCACAACCACCCUCUCGCAAGACGGCCUCUCCAAAAAAAAAAAAAAAUGCCUUGUAUGUAGUAAUUAGCGAAUCUCAUCGAUGUGCGUGUGAUCGUCGCCGCAAUCGUCACAAGAAAAUCCCCGACUCCAUCCGCGAGUGCGCGAGUUCGCCAUCGGGACAAUCCCAGAACUUUACAGCACGAC